AUGCGUGAACCACAAACAUCGCAUCGUGCCGCCGGUGCUGGUCGCGGCCGACCAAUUUUUCAUAAAAAGACCAAACUUGCCACAGGUAGGUAUAUUUAUUUGAUUAGCAGCUUUUAUCCGAACAUUUUUCCGAGCUUCAUCAUAAUUUAACAAUCAUAAUACCGUGUAAUAACUAACUUUUAAAUGUACAUGUACUGUGUUUAUGUGCAGGAAUGUUACACGCCGGUAUGUAAACGCACUGCUCACGUCGAUAAACCUUCCAGCCGUGGGACAAAACACUCUGAAGGCCAGAGAAAGAGAAGUUGGCGCAGCGAUUGAGACUGUUGCAAGGAAUUCAUGUUUAGAAGGAUUACAGGUGGAGAAAGAUUGUCGGAGGACCGUGGACACAGAGCAAGUUGUAAAAAUCGGGGUAUCGUACGACAUGAGUACGCAGAAGAGGGGAAAGGGCCACAAUACUUUGACAGGUUAG